AUGAAUUAUCUACUGGGGAGGCUGGGAAAAAGGUUUUCAAAGACAGUGGGAGUGGUUGAUCUUGGAGGAGGAUCACUUCAAAUGGCAUAUGUUGUCUCAAGGAACACAGCCAAAAAUGCCCCAUUACUACCUCAAGGAGAGGAUCCUUACAUAAAGAAGCUAUAUGCGAAGGGAAGCUAUACAUAUUCAGGAGUGGAGUAUGCAGUGUACCCUCCAAAGUCAGGGCCCAGUUAUGAUGCAUGCAGAGAGAUAGUCCUUGAGGCUCUAACACUGAAGGCGCCAUGUUCUGAUCACAAUUGCUCAUUUGGUGGGGUAUGGGAUGGUGGAAGAGGAAGUGGACAAAGAACUAUUUAUGCUACUUCAUCCUUCUAUUAUCUGUCCAGAGACGUUGGUAUCGUUGAUAAAAAAUCUCCCAAUGCCAUUGUUCGUCCUGUGGAUCUUGAAAACUUGGUUAAGGGAGCUUGUGGAAAAACAUUUGAAGAUGCCAAAUCAAGUUAUACACUUCUUUCUGAAGAAAGAGUUCCGUUUGUGUGCAUGGACAUUACGUACAUGUAUACUGUUCUAUAG